CAUGCACCCAAGACAAGCACCGAAGAUGGCUUGACGCCCGAAUCCAGACCCUCGUCUGUUAUGGCGGCGGCGGAGGCGGCGCCACCGCCGAUACUCGAGCUGGACCCGUCGCACGAUCGAGCCGUCAGCGUUGUCGAGGACAUCGUGCGUCUAGAGCGGAGGAUCUUUCCGAAGCACGAAUCGCUGGCGCGGUCACUGCACGACGAGCUAAAGCGGCGGAACUCCGGGCUGAUCUACAAGACGUCCAGCGCCGACGGGGGGGAGGUCAUCGGGUAUGCCAUGUACACCUGCAACACAUCCCUCUGCGCCACCAUCACCAAGCUCGCCGUGAAGGAGAACUGGAGGCGGCAGGGCCACGGCGAGGCGCUGCUGUCGGGCGCAGUGGAGCGGUGCCGGCGGCGGAAGGUCCAGCGGCUCUCCCUCCACGUCGACCCCACGAGGACGGCCGCCGUGGCGCUGUACUGCAAGGCCGGGUUCCAGGUCGACACCACCGUCGAGGGCUACUACGCGCCUCACAGGGACGCCUACCGGAUGUUCUUGGAUCUGUAGAACCGUCGAGGACGAGAAAACCAGCCCAUGUGUUCAGGGUAGCUGGCCGUUCUGCAGCUGCUGCCGGCUUGUAGCUGGUCUGGUCUGGUGAUACAAUACCUCGUGAGUGAGGAUACAGCCAACAACCGAGCAGGGUGGAUGAUUCGAAGCUGUAAGAACGAUCUGCUAGAAAGAUUUCGUACGACCAAAGUAAUUUCCCGCUGGAUUCUGAAAAUAGUGUUGCCGUAUUAUAUGA